CAGUUUAGAACGUGAUGACGUCUCAGCGGAAAGACUAUUAUGGGCUAUCGAGGAUUAUUCAGGCAGAGGGCUGAGGGAAAAAAAUAUAGCUGCGAGGUAGAAGUAAAUAUGGAGCUCUCAGCCGUCGGGGAGCGGGUCUUCGCCGCCGAAUCCAUCAUUAAACGGCGCAUAAGGAGAGGACGGAUGGAGUAUCUGGUCAAAUGGAAAGGCUGGUCUCAAAAAUACAGCACCUGGGAACCAGAGGAGAAUAUUCUGGACGAUCGUCUUUUCGCUGCUUUUGAAGAAAGAGAGCGUGAGAGGGAGAUGUAUGGGCCAAAAAAGAGAGGACCUAAACCAGAAACUUUUUUAAUGAAGGCAAAAGCUAAAGCAAAAGGCAAAAACUUUGAGUUCAGACAGGAAAUGUCUCGUGAUUUACAUGUGUCCUUCCCGGUAGCCGAACCGGUUGUGACACCCAGAGCACGUGAGGGACUGCGGACAGUCGUGCCAACGAUUUUUCCACCGAGCACCAUCAACCGAGGAGAAAGUGUUCGUGUGCGUCCACCAGACCCUGAGAGAGACUCACUGAUGCAUGGGAUGCUGGUACAACGCCCGCUGGAUUUUGCCAGCUCACCAAAAAAGCGAGGACCAAAGCCAAAGUUGCGUCCAGGAGGUUCAUCCACUGAAGGUGUUAAGAGAAAGGCAGAUGAACCGUUAUCUUAUCGACCUUCCAAAACUGAGAGAGCAGGAGAGACCUCGAGCUGUGAUGUCAUCCAGUUAACCAAGAAGUUUCAAGCAGAACCCAGCCAUGUUCAAAAGCAAAUGGGAAGCAGGUCCAGUGAUGUAAAAUUCACACAUGGUGGCACCAUCUUAAAAGCUGGGCUUGGUGUUCUGGGACAUCGACGGAAGGACAGACCAAGUGGUGCCAUAAAGCAAUCCAAAAUGAAACAUCCUCCCAAAAGCAAUCUAUUUCGAUCCACCGAUCAAACCAGAGAGCAGUUGUCUCUGAGUUUUGUAGACGAAACCGAUCAGUCCUGGUUGCCUUGUUUGAAGAAUAUGGAGAAAAUUAUUGUUACUGACGUAACAAGUAACUCUUUGACUGUAACCAUAAAAGAGAGUUCAACGGAGAAAGGUUUCUUCAAAGAAAACAGAUGAUGUGAUUUUAGUUUCUGUAUGUAUGUGUGCGUGUAUGAAAUAUUGUAAUCAAAUUAGAAACAACCUACAUUUCUAUAUCAUUUCUAGUUUAUAAAUGUAAAGUCUUGCUAUCAUGCACAUAAUACAAAACAACAAAAAAAAAAUUAUAUAGUUUAUGUUUAGCCUACAUUUCCAUUCGCAUUUUCUAUGAAAAUGAAGUUUAUUUUUCUAUUUCCCAGAUUUUAUGUAACGUGUACCAGUUGGUUCCUUCUUUUGAUUGCCUUCUUCAGCUUUAUUAUGAAUGUAGGUAUAGAUGCUGUUAACACAUAUAAACGUUUCAACUUAAUGCACCUUUUUAAGGGACAUGUCGUUAGUCCCUCUUUUAUGAACUUACGGUAUUUUUCUGGUUAGAUUUUGUAUAUAUUUGAAGGUCCAAACAGUAGUCUCUAUUAAAGCACACCCUUUAAAAAGACUGAAGGGAAAUAUGCUGCAUAUAUAAUUAAACCCGUUUUAGGCCUAAAUAUUUAAGGCACAAUCAUUUAGGGUUUAGAAUCGUAUUUCGUUAUUUUUCGUUUUUCUGUUGAACAUAUAAUUGAUGUGGAGGUUAACAUUUCAAUAUAAAGCUGCUUUACGAUUCUUUUACCAUUCAAAAACGAAAGAAAUUGAUUGGUGCAAGUCAUUUCUAAACUCGCGGAAUACUUCAGUGAGCUCGAAGCCUGUUUAAGUGAUGAAAUUAAACAUUUUAAUAAAAUUAAACGAUGUUUAAUUCACGGUGUAGAGUAAAUAAGAGUUCAGUAUUUUUGCAGAGAGGACAAUGUGUAUCAAAUCGAAAAUAAAAGUGUAAUUUAUCUCUGUCUGUAGAAUUGAUUCAAAACAUGUUGCUCACGCAUAAUAAUUAAAAAUGAAUCAUUUUCAUUCUUGUACAUCGUUUCUAUCUGGACUUAUUUUUUUUUUAUCAUUUAAUAAAAAUAAAAAAAAAAUAUCCGAAAGCCCUUUAAAUCGGGGUUUUCAUUACAGACCGAGUGCCUGUAAACAAAGAUUAAAAUAAAUGGUAAACCGAAUAUAAUGUAUUAAACAGCAUGUCGGCAUAUUUAGUUCAACUGAGAGCCUUUUACGCUGUUUUAGUACAAUUAAAAAAUGUAAAAAAAAAAAAAUAAUAAUAAUAAUAAUAAUAAAAUAAAAGUUGUCAACGGAGGGAAGCUGGUGACUUGUCAAAUCCAAUCAUUCGUAGUAGCUCAGACAUUCACUCCGUUUCAAACCUAUUUCUAAUAUAUAAUUUGUUAUGCACAUAAAAUUACAUACUUUUAUUAUUACAUUUAUUAUUAUAUUUUAUAAAUUUUAAUAUUAAGAAUAAUACCCCACCGUACAAGUGUCGUAUAGCAAACAAUAAUUUGUAAUUUCUGUAGGCUAUAUUUCUAUUUUUAAAAAUCUGUAAUGAAAGAAAUGAUUUCUGACUGGUGUUUAAUGUCUGUCAACAAACUGCACUAUUAUUAUAUCAAUAUUUUUCAAUAAUUGCAAAAAUACAAACGCUAAAAUUGAUUUGGUUAGGGUGUGAUUUCAAAUUGAAUGUAAUAUUUUGUAUUUUGUAUUUGGCCUAUUAUAGUGAGCGCUUGUUGAGGAAGUCCAGUCCACCAAAAGCCACAAGAUGUCGCCAUGAACUUGAUUCAGCAGAUCCGUAUUCCUCUCAAUAAUCCUUUAAUUCCGUCUAUCACUGAUAUAGCCUACUUAUUUUUUGCGUUUAAAUUAAAUGGUCAAAAACACAUAGGUCCUAUAACUAACAGUCACAGACUGCUCAAUGUGUCAAAGGUCCCCGUGUUUGUACUGUAGCCUAUAUUUUCAUUGGUUUAAUUUUGGAUAAUCUCUUUUUUGUGUUUUAUAAUUCAAAUGCAAAAUAAACAUCUGAGACAUUAAUGAUACAAAUAAAUGUGAAAUUAAUUCUAA